ACUUGAAGCUUUUAAAUGACUUUUAUUAUCAAGAUGACAGGCGAGUAGAAAGUGCUAAUAUAGCAAUACUAGAGAGUUAUAAUCAAAAGGAUUUGACUGAAAGAAUUAACAAGCUGAAGGUUGCAUUGAAGUGGUAUCAAGAUGAUAAAGAGCACUCUUUUGAAGCGAAGGCUAUUGACGAGAAUAUCAAAUUAUUACAAACACAAGCUCAAUUAGAAAAAGAAAUGAAUCAACGAAUGAUUGGAUUACCUUUGAGCGAGACAGUUCACAAGU